AUGUCGGCGAAAAGCCCGAGCUCUCUCAAUGGAAGCGAGUAUGCUCUCGUCCACGCUAUCUACUUUUCUAGCAUGGCUUGCAUGUCAGAUAAAGAAGUGAAUGAGCUAUUUGAUAUGACAAAGGAGACGGCUAUGGACAUCUAUCGCUUAUCAACUGAAGAAGCGCUUACCAAGGCCGUCUUGCUCAAUAUGGAUGAAGACCUGCUCGCAUUACAAGCUCUUGUCCUUUUUCUCUCUGUUAGCCACCUGACAGGAAAAGCCAAUACUGCUUGGAAGCUGACUGGUAUAGCACGGCGAUCUAGCGUGUUCAGCCAAACGGAUCAGGCCCCUUUCCAAAUUGAGAUACGCAACAGAAUUUGGUGGCAACUUUGGUAUCUUGAUCAUAGGGCUACCAAAGACUUUCGACAAAGAGAUGGGUCGGAUAGUCCCUCUACUUUUAAGCUUCCCUCGAAUGUGGAUGACUCGGAUCUCGACCCAAAUUCAAGACAUCCUGUCACUUCACGAAUCGGAUGGUCCGAACAAACCUUUGCUCUUGUCCGCUAUCAAAUCGCACAAACUAGACAAAGGCUAAACGAGGAUAUUUCAAUGAUACAAAAGAAAGAGAUUAUACGAGACUGUGAAAAGCGACUGCAUGAUCGAUAUCUCCAAUUUUGCACAGACGAGCACAGCCCGAUCCAGUGGCUGACUCGACACGUCGCUCACGUUCUUACCAUGGAGAUGUGGUUCGAGCUGUAUAGUGCCGACACAAUAGCCAUCACCUUCAAUGGCUUAGAGGAUAAUAGUCAGCACGAACAGGGUUUCCAAGAUCAUCUGUUCCUGAAUGCGAUCGAUAUUGUCGAUACUACCAGUCGUCUAGAAACGGAACAUCUCUCCCGCCAGUGGGCUUGGCUAUUGAGAGGCUAUCAGCAGUUCCGUCCGUUGGUGUUUCUUCUCAACGAACUGCAAUAUCGUGAACCAUGCGCAGCGGUAGCCCAUGCGUGGAAGGUCGUGGAAAGCGCACUGAGUCGUUGGCCUGAUUCAAGUCGAAACUCAGCCAAUGGGAGGCUAAUGGACAAUUUGAAGAACAAAGCUGAUGAGAUUCAACUGAGGCUAAGCCAGAGAUCAAGGAACGGUUAG